GUCGCCGAAGGCUCCUUUUCCUAGCAGUUAAAUAAACCGACCAGUAAUAACCACAAUACUAAUAAGAGCAGCCGAACCAAACAAAUACGGCCAAAUUGAUCCGUGAGAAACAAUAAUAUUAAUAAGAGCCCAAAACUAAAUCCGAUCAAUCGAGGCACCGAGACAGACGCUGGGGGUAUAUCCACGGUUCCAUCAAGGUGGAAGAUGUGUCAAACCGUGUAAGGGAACCGCAUGGAGAUGGGCGUUUUGAACUGUUAAUGGGGACAUGGGACGCCCGCUGUCUCUGAUCCCUCGUGUGGAUUUUCGCAGCGUAGAAGGACAGAAGCCGCUCGUACGUCGCCAAGGCCAACAGCAGGAAUUCUGCGUGAAAGGGUGUCAAACCUUGUUAUUUUAAUUUGCAUCUGGGAGAAUGUCUGAGCCAGGAGACCUGAGUCAGACCAUAGUGGAGGAAGGUGGGCCUGAGCAGGAGACGACCACUCCGGAGAAUGGCGUGGUUAAAUCCGAAAGUCUGGACGAGGAGGAGAAACUGGAAUUACAGAGGCGGCUGGCAGCUCAGAACCAAGAAAGAAGAAAAUCCAAGUCAGGAGCAGGAAAAGGUAAACUGACUCGCAGCCUUGCUGUCUGUGAAGAAUCCUCAGCCAGACCAGGAGGGGAAAGCCUUCAAGACCAGGAAUCAAUUCAUUUACAGCUUUCCAGUUUUCCCAGCCUGCAAGAGGAUGAUAAAUCUAGGAAAGAUGACUCUGAAAGAGAAAAAGAAAAGGAUAAAAACAAAGAUAAAACCUCUGAAAAAUCCAAGAUCAGAAUGUUAUCAAAAGAUUGCAGCCAAGAAUAUACGGAUUCUACAGGCAUAGAUUUACACGAGUUUCUGAUUAACACAUUAAAGAAUAAUUCCAGAGACAGGAUGAUACUCUUGAAAAUGGAGCAGGAAAUUAUUGAUUUCAUUGGUGACAACAAUAAUCAUUAUAAAAAGUUUCCUCAGAUGUCAUCCUAUCAGAGGAUGCUCGUGCAUCGAGUGGCAGCUUACUUUGGGUUGGAUCACAACGUGGAUCAAACAGGGAAGUCUGUCAUCAUCAACAAGACCAACAGCACAAGAAUACCAGAGCAAAGGUUUUGUGACCAUUUAAAAGAUGACAAAGGUGAAGAAUCCCAGAAGCGGUUUAUCUUGAAGCGAGAUAACUCUAGUGUUGAUAAAGAAGACACUCAGCAAAACAGAAUGCAUCCAUUUAGAGAUGACAGACGAAGUAAAUCAAUUGAAGAGAGAGAAGAGGAAUAUCAGAGAGUGAGGGAGAGAAUAUUUGCACACGAUUCAGUUUGCUCCCAGGAAAGCCUUUUUGUGGAAAACAGUAGGCUCUUGGAAGACAGUAACAUAUGCAGUGAGACCUAUAAGAAAAGACAGCUCUUUCGGGGCAACAGAGACAGCUCGGGGAGAACAUCCGGAAGUCGGCAGAGCAGCUCAGAGAAUGAACUGAAGUGGUCCGACCAUCAAAGGGCCUGGAGCAGCACAGAUUCUGACAGCUCCAACCGCAAUCUCAAGCCUGCCAUGACCAAGACGGCGAGUUUUGGGGGCAUCACGGUGCUGACCAGGGGUGACAGCACAUCUAGUAACAAGAGUACUGGGAAGCUAUCCAAAGCAGGUAGUUCUGAGUCCUCCAGCAGUGCCGGCUCCUCAGGGUCGCUGCCACGCACCCACCCGCCUCUCCAGAGCACACCGGUGGUCUCUGGCUUGGCCGCCACUUCUCCUGGCUGUGUCACCUACCCGGAGAACGGGAUGGGAGGCCAGGUCGCGCCCAGCAGCACCAGCUACAUCCUCCUCCCGCUUGAAGCUGCCACAGGCAUCCCGCCGGGAAGCAUCCUUCUUAAUCCACAUACAGGCCAGCCCUUCGUGAAUCCCGAUGGAAGCCCCGCCAUAUACAACCCCCCCACCAGCCAGCAGCCCCUGCGAAGCGCGAUGGUGGGACCGUCCCAGCAGCAGCCCCGGCAGCAGCCCUCCCCGCAGCCCCCGCAGCAGGUCCAGCCACCCCAGCCGCAAAUGGCAGGCCCGCUGGUGGCUCAGUCUGUCCAGGGGCUGCAGGCUUCCUCCCAGUCAGUGCAAUACCCAGCUGUGUCUUUUCCUUCCCAGCAUCUCCUGCCCGUGUCUCCGACGCCGCAGUUCCCCAUGAGAGAGGAUGUGACCACGCAGUUUGGCCAGAUGAACCUGAGCCGGCAGUCCUCGGGGGAGACUCCUGAGCCCCCGGCAGGUCCUGUCUACCCACCGUCCCUCCUGCCACAGCCCACCCAGCAGCCAAGCUACGUCAUUGCCUCCACAGGCCAGCAGCUCCCAACAGGGGGCUUCUCGGGCUCUGGCCCUCCCAUCUCCCAGCAAGUCCUCCAGCCCUCUCCCUCGCCACAGGGAUUCGUGCAACAGCCUCCACCCGCACAGAUGCCUGUAUAUUAUUAUCCAUCUGGUCAGUACCCUACCUCAACCACGCAGCAGUACCGGCCCAUGGCCUCGGUUCAGUUCAGUGCUCAGAGGGGCCAGCAGAUGCCACAGACAGUACAGCAAGCAGGUUACCAGCCGGUCUUGUCUGGUCAGCAGGGGUUCCAAGGCCUCAUGGGGGUGCAGCAGCCACCUCAGAGUCAGGGCGUGAUGGGCAGCCAACAGGGAGCUCCAGUGCAAAGCGUGCUGGUCUCCUACCCGACCGUGUCUAACUAUCAGGUGCCAAUGACCCAGGGUUCUCAAGGACUGCCCCAGCAGUCAUACCAACAGCCAAUCAUGCUACCUAACCAGGCAGGCCAGGGGUCCCUCCCAGCCACCGGAAUGCCUGUGUACUGUAACGUCACACCGCCGACCCCUCAGAACAACCUUAGGCUGAUGGGCCCUCCCUGUCCCUCCAGCACUGUCCCCGUGAUGUCGGCCAGCUGCAGGACCAACUGUGCCAGCAUGAGCAACACCGGGUGGCAGGUCAAGUUCUGAGCGCUCGGGCCGUGGUACAUUUCUUCAGAUACUGCUCAUGGCCUUUAAGGGAGGAGGAGGAAGGUGGGAAAACUUGCUGAAGACUUAAAUAUUCACUCAACACCCAAAUGACUGCUGCUGGUAUUCUGUAAAAAACAAAAAACAAACAAACAAACAAAAAAACAAAGACUAAUCCACACGUUAGCUGGUUAAUGGUGCAUAUUUCCGUCAUGUCUGCUAGGUAUGCCUUUCUAGCUUAGCUAGUGACAUGAAUUCAUCAAGGUAAGAUUUUCUCCUACCACUGAAUACCACUGUGUAGAUGAUAAUAUCCCUAAUUUGGAUUAUUAGUUUUGUACUUUGUUUGAGUUUGUGAUGCGAAAAAGUAUUUAAAAAUUAUAUACUGAAAUCACAUUGUACCAAAGCUGUAAUGGAAAAGAACUGAUGAAUGGAAGGAAUAAUUUAUAUACACUAUAGAGUUUUCUUUUUUAAUGGAUAUAUACUGUAUUGUAGUGUUUAAUCAAAAUAAAACUAUUUGACCUUAUGGAGGAAGGUCAUGUUUUUA